CCUUAAAUGUGUAAAACCUUAUAUCUUUAAAGACCAAAUGUGUAAAAUUUUCAAUCUAUUAAAUAUUAGUUUAGAAAUUAUAUUUUUAAUCGCAACUACCCGGAAAAUACAAUCAGAACCCGGAAACUGUUACAAAUAUAUCUCAAUUCCAGUGAUUCACAAUGUAAAUUACUAUUAAUAUUGUUUUAAACUAGUUUGAAGUGUAAUUUUAAACUUACUUUUGACUCAUUUUAUUAUUUUAAACCAUAAUUUAACCCAUUUAAAAAAUAGUUUGUAAUACAAAUUUGACUAUUUGCUUGAGUAUAAAUUUGGAGUAAAAUGGCUGAGAUAAAGCUUCAGAGAACACUUUACAAGUACAGAAGUAACCAGGCGUUGUAUAUAAGGCUAUCUCCAGUGUUUUUACUGAGUGUUUUGGCCUUGCUUUUCAGGCCUGAAUUUCUAGCAAAGUUAAGAGUUUCAUGGAUUGGAUGCCUGACCUUGACUGAAACAGAGCCUGGGCGUCAUGAACUAUCAUCACUCAGAGAUAUUGACUUUCGACUAUUCGUCAAAACCUUAAAACUAACCCCAAAUGAGCUCAUUUUUAUAGUAUUAACGCUGUUAGUAUUAUUAUAUACAGUAGUUUUGAUGAGUUGCAUUUGGUCCAGUGGAUUUAAGUUAUGUUUUUUCUAUGACCGCUGCAGAUUUAAGGAGGGAACUCCAGGGUUUUCUGACUUUCUGACUAAUAGAGCAACUCACAUUUUCAUCAACGAAUUAGUCCUGGAUACUAAUUUUCUCACAGUUAAUCGCACUAAUAGAGUUCUAUUACCGUUGUAUAGAACUGGAUUCAUAUAUUAUAUACACGACUACAAGAAGUUUGUCUUUAGAGUCGAAAGCGGCCGCUUUGAGCCCGUAGAGCAUUUUGAUGAGGUUCAAGUGCCCAAAGUAUUGAGUUGGCAAGGAUUAUUGAGUAUAUCUGAGGGCGUAGAAAAGAUUUCAGGAUUAGAGCCAAAUUUAAAUGUAUGCGCAGAUUUAUUUGGCCCAAAUGAUUACGAAAUCCCGAGAUGCAGUUUCUGGAAAAUGCUACUAGAGGCUUUUCUAGCGCCUUUUUUCGUAUUCCAACUAACGUCAACACUGUUGUGGAUCUUUGAUGAUUAUCUUUACUAUUCGCUGAUUUCCAUCUUUUCACUGGUAAUGAUAGAGGUGCAGACGGUGUAUAAGAGGAUUCUUGAGUAUAACAGAAUUAAUUCCAUGAAGUUACCGCCAUUUCAAAUCUACGUUUUCAGAGAUCAUAAAUGGCAAGUUACACACACUAACUUACUCUACCCCGGUGAUAUCAUCUUUAUUACAACUAGCACUAUUGAUAGUGGUGCUAGUGUUAAGGGUAAGGGUGCUGGUGUUAAGAAUACUAGUGUAGGGUCUAGUGUGAAGAAUACUAGUGUAAGCGGUAGUGUAAAGAAUGUUGUUACUAAGAAUACCGGUGGAGGAGAAGAUAUAUUGAUAUGCCCCUGCGAUUGUUUAAUACUGGAUGGAGAAGUGAUAGUGGAUGAAUCGAUAUUAACAGGAGAGUCAGUCCCACAAUUUAAAACGAGUGUUGAAGAUAACUCUGUAAAUCAAAGAAACUCGACCAUUUUCUCAGGUACCUCAAUCAUAGUCACUAGGAAUGUUGCUGUCACUGGUACUCCAGCCAGCGCAACUCUGUUGAAGAAUGUUCAUUAUAAGGGAAUAGAAAAGUUAAUUCCCAACGGUUCAGUAUGCUUAGUAAUCAGAACAGGAUUUGAGAGUUAUCAAGGCCGUCUGGUGCACUCAAUACUAAAUAGUGAUCCGAAUAAAGUUGUGGGAAGUAAUACCCAGGGUUAUAUGUUUUUAUUUUUGUUAAUGUUAUUUGCGGUUUCAGCAGUUGUUUUUGUUGUUAGGAAUAGUAAUUAUAAAAGUCUUAAAAAGUUAUUAUUGGUAAGUUCGAGAAUUUUGGUGUCUGUAAUUCCGCCAGAAUUCCCAGUAACAAUUUCUAUGGCUGUUACAAUUGGUCUGAUUCAGCUUAGGAAAAAGGGUAUUUACUGUACUGCGCCCAACAGACUACCACUGGCGGCUAAUAUUGAUGUUAUAGCCUUUGACAAAACAGGUACGCUCACCCAAGAUCAAAUGUACCUUAACGGUUUGUAUUAUAGUGAUAGCGUGAAUAGAGGAUUGAGUGGCGGUGGGUCACCAGAUAAAAGUUUAGCUAGGGGUUCGGUAGAUAAGAGUUUAUCUAAGAGUUCUAGCGAUCAAAGGCUAGAUAAGGGGUUGGAUGACCCUGUAAUGCACUAUUAUAGUAAAUUAGUUAUUGCAGGAUGCCAUUCAUUAACUUUUGUUAAUGGAGCGAUAACAGGCGACCCAAUGGAGAAAAUAUCAUUUACAUAUUUUAAUAAUCAAAUUGAUACGACUAAUAAUAAUAUUAUUUAUCUUAAUAACUUGCCAGAAGGGAAUGUUACACUUAAAAUACUCAAAAGAUGGAGGUUCACUUCUGAACUAGGAAGAAUGUCAACCAUUUCAUCAGUUACACCCAACAACGCCAGUCACACCACUAUUCACCCCGGUGGUAGUGUUAGAGGAGAAUUAUUAUUGUUGACGAAAGGAUCGCCAGAGAAGAUAAAAUUACUGUUAAGAGUGGUACCCAGUUAUUUUGACGAGGUAUGUCAUGAUUUAACGAUAAAGGGAUUAAGAGUACUAUGCCUAGCGUAUAAGCGUUUAUAUGAUAUUCCAGUAAACGCGCUAAUCACAAUUGAUCGCACCAUAGUGGAGAAGGAUUUAGAGUUCUGCGGCUUUUUAGCACUUGAAGCCCCUAUAAAAAAGUCAAGUAAACAGUGCAUGAAGAGACUUAAAAACUUUAAAAAAAUCAUGAUCACCGGCGAUAACAUCCUGACAGCCUGCUAUGUUACUCAACAAAUUAACAUGGUUAAUGAUAAAACCACCUGUCCCAUUAACUUUUCCCAGAAAAAUAAACAUGGUUUUGGGAGGAAGUAUGGGUUAUUCAGUAGAAAACAUAGUUUGUUUGGCGGAAAGCACACACUGUUUGGAGGCAGCGGAAUGACGAUAAAGGAGUAUUUGAAGAACUACAACUAUGAGUUGAAUGAUGAGUGUCCAAUAAGUAAUGUAAAGAUGGAGACAAUAAAAAAAUGCCCGAUUUAUAAGGAGACAAGUUGCCCAUUUUUGCAAAAAUCAGAAAAUAAUCCAAGCUACAUUCAAAGAUGCCCAUUAAAUCAGUCACUAUCCAGCAAUACGGGUAGUAGUUUCGGUGGUAGUGUCAGUCAUAGGAACAGUUACAAGAAAUUUUUAGAAUCUUGCCCAUUCAAACAAUAUUCUAAUUUGGCAUCCACUAAUACUAAUAGUGGCAGUGUUAAUGCUGGUAGUGUUAGUAACAGUGGUGUAAGGAAUACUACCAAUACUAGUUCUACUGAAGAAAAUCUCAUUCCUACUACUACUCACACUCCUAGCACUAGUACCACUGCCACCAAAACUACAGCCGCUUCCAAAACCACAGUUCCUCCUGUUAGCAGAUGUCCUAUUAGUUAUAUGACGAGAAAGUUAUGGACCAUGUAUAUGUUAUUCUUGAAGGUGCUCUUUCCAUACUACUAUCACGUGUAUUACGGGAUGACUGAGACUGAGGAUUGUGAAGAUUGUUCAGACGGCGAUAACUUUGCAAUUCUGAGUUAUAGUAAGGGUAAUUUUGUGUGGAAGAAGAGAAAUGGUGAAGACUUUUUCCCUAAUUCAACGACUAAACAACUUAUUCACAACAUGUACAGAUUAAUACCAAAUCACAUCCUUUCAAUCACUGGUAACAUCUUACAAUUACUACUCAACAAUAAUAGUACCAACAGCAAUACUAACACACCUAUUAGUACUCCCAAUACUAGUGCCUCACCUAGUGGUGAAGAAAUACAACUGACAGACCUAAUAAUGAUAAUAAAUAAUUGCAACGUAUUUGCAAGAAUGUCACCACAGCAAAAGGAGUUCAUAAUAAAGUGUUAUAAACUUAAUAAUAAAACUAUCGCAAUGUGUGGUGACGGUACCAACGAUAUCUCAGCACUCAAACAGGCAGAUAUCGGAAUCUCAUUACUCAAUAUCAUACACAAAGAAGAUAAAUCCAAACCUGAUUUAUUAAUGGAUAAUGAACUACCGAGUAUAAAGUUGGGAGAAGCUAGUAUUGCAAGUCCAUUUACAUAUCACGGAAGUGAUGUUAACUGCGUGUUCAACCUCAUCAAAUCAGGCAGAUGCUCCUUAUACAAUCUUUUCAUGCUCUAUAAACUCAUGGGAAUCAAUUCACUGAUCACAGCUCUAGGUAUGUCGGUGUUGGCAUUGGAUGGAGUUAACUUUAGUGAUGCCCAGACCACUUUGUACAGUGUUCUGUACACAUACUUGGUCAUAUCCCUGAAUAAGAGUAAGGGCAUUGAUGUGUCAAGCGACAAGAAGCCAGAGAAGUCGAUCUUCAGCCCGUGCAACUUUAUGAGUCUGGUGCUGCAGAUCCUGGUGCACUCAUAUUUCCUGAUAUACGUGUGGAACUUGGGAAAGUUGUAUAGAAGCGCAGAUUACAAGGGGUUCUUUGACAUGGAUUUCGAGCCUAACGUGGUUAACACGCUGCUUUACUACGUAUGGUAUGCAAUCAGCCUGAACAGUUUCGUCAGCAACUACGUGGACUACCCAUACAUGGACACUAUUUCAAACAACAAGUUUCUGUUUAAACCAAUCCUGUUGUCAUAUUUCACACUGCUGUUGUUCAUCUCGGACCUUGUUAAACCGCUUAACUCGUUCUUCUCACUCGUGCCGAUUAGUCACAUGCUCAAGCUUAAAAUAUCACUAGUAGUGUUGUUUGAUCUCGCCCUAACCUUCGUCAUCUCCAAAGCCAUCAACUUCUUCUACUACUCACUCGACUAAUUUUUUAUACAUAACUUA